AUGAUGAUGGGAGUUUAUGUCCCCGUCAUCAACACGCCAUUAGCACACUCGCUUCUCCUCAUUCUUGCUCGGAUGAAAUUCAUCACUCUUCUAUCCUUUGUGGCCACCGUCGUCGCUACCGCCAGUGCCGGCAAUUUCGCCAAUCUUCGCAAGCCCGAGUACGACCCCGAGUCACUCGACAGUAGCGACAGCGAUGACUGCCCCCAGAAAUGUUAUGUGAAGAAGUACGACGGCGUUGUGCACGAGAAAAAGUGUUUGGAACGAUUUGCGGAGUGCAUGGACGACCCCAAGAUCACCGUGUCAUCGCUCAUCGACAUUUUCGUAAAGGUUGAUAGCUUUGAGGCCACCUACACAUUGGUUCGCAGUGGUGGUCGCAACGAGUUUAUCCUGGAGAAUGUGCUACUGCCCGAAGGCACGACCGUUAACGGGCAUCCUAUCACGACUGAGAAGGAUUUCCGAGAUUUCAUCAACAAGGCUUAG